GCGGUCGUUUCACAUAUGAGUAUUAUCAUAUGGUGUGAUUUUUAUUUAUGUGCUCAUUUAUUAUUAUUAUUUUUUUUAUUUGGAGAUAAUAAAACGAAUCUGACGCCGAAUAGCUGCAACGAUAGUGCGACGUAUGUCACGGACCGAGAUAUGCGUACCUAAAAUAUUUACAUUUUUUUACGCAUGUGUUGCUGCCGUUUGUGUAUACUAACAACUUUAAUAAAAACGCGUGAAAUGCACGGUCGACUCGAUGUUGAUAUUUUAAUUAUAACAAUAAUUAUCAUUACUUUGAUUUAGUUUUUGGCUCUAAUUCUAAAAGUUCGAAGUCCGUGGCGUGCUCGUCGACCGCUGACAUAGUGCGAGUUCAAUGGUCGGACACGAUACAGUUUGUCAUUUGUCAACGGCGACCUGUUAGCAUAUAUUGUGCGUAUUUGUCGGUUACCAUAAUAAAAAGCUAAAGAGAAAAUAUUUUGGAAUCAUAACCAUCCAGUUGAUCCAAGCGAUGCUUUAAAAUAUUUGAGAACAAAUAAUGAGGUCGGCUGAAAAUAAGAACAUGUUUUUUGAAAAUGGAAAAUAUUCAGAUUCUAGUCUUUCAUGGGGAGAUUUAUAUCCUCAAGUAUUGGCAAGUUGUACUUCUUUAUUAAUGGUUAUUCAACCGGGAUUACAUUUAGCCUAUUCGAAUAAUUUAUUUCAUCAUAUGACAUCAUUCAAGAAUGGACAAUUCUCAUGGAUAACAAGUGUUGUAGCUUUAUGCAUACCCAUCGGAGCGCUAAUAAUCGGUCAAUUAAUGGAUCGAAUUGGCCGAAAAAAGGCUUGUAUCAUAACCUGUUUGAUAUUACUCUCAUCAUGGACAGUAGCCACAUUUAUGACUUCUGACGAAAUCUACUGGUUUUUUGCAUUCAGAAUACUUGCUGGGAUCGGUGGAGGAAUGACUACAGUCUGCAUGAUAUACGUGUCAGAAAUUAGUCACUCAUCUUACAAACAGCUCUUGUUGUCGUUGAAUAGUGUUUUCUUCUCUGGUGGGAUACUACUCUCCACUUCAAUUGUGCAGUUAGAGUGGAACAUCAUAAAUUACACGUUCAUUGGGCUUACGGUUGUUAACAUAGUACUGAUAAUCAUCAACAUGCCAGAAAGCCCGAUUUGGAUACUGAAGUUUAAAAGUCCUGAGCACGUUGACGAAGCUAAAUCAGCGAUGCAGCAACUUUACCCGCGAAAUAAACAAGUGUUCGAACGAGAAUGGGAGCGGCUGAAGUCCACGAGUUCGUGCUGCGUGGCAGUGGCCACCGGAAACUCGUCGUUCAUCGAGUCCGUGCGUUCAAAUGCCGCAGCGUAUAAACCGAUGGUCGUACUGGCCUUUCUGCUACUACUGCAGCAGCUAACCGGCGCCUACCCGUGUAUAUCUUACGCGCUGCCUGUUUUGAAACGGGUUUUGUCUGGUCGCGAAUAUUCGAUCAGCGAAAUCGAUUCAUUGACCGCGUUGGGCGCCAUACGGUUCGCGGCCGGUCUGCUCACGUGCGCGCUAUCGUUCUACGUGGGCCGCAAACCGUUGAUGAUGUUCUCGUGCGCCGGUAUGGUACUGUCCUCCGCACUGGUGAUCGUCUUCCAAGAUUUCGUCACGGGCCCAUCUACGGUCCCGUUGCCCUUGUGCGGUGUAAUGUUGUUCGUGUUCAGCAGCUCGCUGGGCGUACUCGUGUUUCCGUGGACGAUGAUAUGUGAGCUGCUGUCCACUCCUGUCAGGGCUGUCGGUGGCUGUCUGCUAGUGUCCUACACUUAUGUGAUCAUGUUCAUGGUGCUGAAGGUGUUCCCACAUGUGCUGGAAAAUCUAUCCGUGGUCGGUAUUUAUCUGUUUUUUGGCGUUACAUCCCUGCUAAUGGCCGCCUACGUGCAUUUCGUCGUACCCGAGACGCUGGGAAAGAGUUUUCACGAAAUUGAAGCCUAUUUUACGAAAAAUCUGGAGAAACCGGAUCAUAUGUGAUAAGGAUUAUAUGUUACAAAAAUAAAAUACAUACACACAUAUAUAUACCGAUACUAAUCACUCACUCACACACAUAUGUUUAUAUACGUAUUAAAUUGAGUGCGUACGAUUAUCCUAUUUACUGCUUUGUUUAAAUUAACGUAGAACUACAGAGUACCAUUAUUGUUCUAUACGAUUUGUGUAUAAUAUAUUAUAAUGUGCUCAUUA